GCAUGUGCUGAGCAGCUGGUGUCUGCGUGUAGUGGUGGUUGGGGGGCCGGGGGGGAGGGGGCGGAGGCCGCACCAACUACAUGCAUGUCCCCCGGGGGCAAGUUUGACUUUGACGAUGGCGGCUGCUACGUGGGGGGCUGGGAGGCCGGGCGGGCCCACGGCUACGGCGUGUGCACCGGGCCCGGGGCCCAGGGCGAGUACAGCGGGUGCUGGGCCCGGGGCUUCGAGUCUCUGGGCGUCUACACCGGGCCCGGGGGCCACAGCUACCAGGGACACUGGCAGCAGGGCAAGCGCAGCGGGCUGGGCGUGGAGCGCAAGAGCCGCUGGAUCUACCGCGGGGAGUGGCUGGGCGGGCUGAAGGGGCGCAGCGGCGUCUGGGAGAGCGCGUCCGGCUUGCAGUACGCGGGACUCUGGAAGGACGGCUUCCAGGACGGCUACGGCACCGAGACCUACUCCGACGGAGGCACCUACCAAGGCCAGUGGCAAGCAGGGAAGCGUCACGGCUACGGGGUGCGGCAGAGCGUGCCCUACCAGCGGGCGGCCCUGCUCCGGUCCCCGCGCCGCACGUCGCUGGCCUCGGGCCCCAGCGACCCCCCGACUCCACCCCCGCCCCCUCCUCCGCCCGGGGAGCCGGGGGGCAGCCCGGCCUCGGGUUCAAGGGGGGGCUUCGUGCUGGCCGGCCCGGGGGACCCCGAGGGCGGUGGCCCCCAGCGCCGACGCGGCCCAGGGGCCGGGGCCUUCUUCCGCCGCUCCCUGCUGCUCAGCAGCCUAAGGCCCGGGGGCCGCCGGGCCUCACUGGGCAGCAAGCGGGGGUCCCUGCGCAGCGAGGUGGGCAGCGAGGAGGGCAGCGGCGGGGCCCCGGGCCCCGAGGCCGGCCGGGCCCCGGCCCCCAUCGAGGCCUCGGCCACCGAGGUCUACGCGGGCGAGUGGAAAGCCGACCGGCGCAGCGGCUACGGGGUCAGCCAGCGCUCCAACGGCCUGCGCUACGAGGGCCAGUGGCUGGGCAACCGACGGCACGGCUACGGCCGCACCACCCGCCCCGACGGCUCCCGGGAGGAGGGCAAGUACAAGCGCAACCGGCUGGUGAGAGGAGGCCGCGUCCGGAGCCUGCUGCCCCUGGCCCUGCGCCGGGGCAAGGUCAAAGAGAAGGUGGAUCGGGCCGUCGAGGGCGCCCGCCGGGCCGUCAGCGCCGCUCGCCAGCGCCAGGAGAUCGCCGCUGCCAGGGCAGCGGAUGCCCUCGUGAAGGCGGUGGCGGCCAGCAGCACGGCGGACAAGGCCGUGGAAGCGGCCCGGAUGGCCAAGGUGAUGGCCCAGGACCUGCAACCCGCCGGGUUUGAUCAUCAAUCAGGCGGCCGGACCAGGCGGGCCUCGGCAGGCUCGGCCCCCCGCGAGGGGCCGGACGAGGACAGCGCGGGGGGCGACGAGAACGGCCUGCCCCCGUCCGAUGGGUCCCCGGAGCCCCCCAGCAGGCCGGCCUCGCCCUGGCGGCCCCCGGCCCUCCCGGGCCCCCCGGCCUGGCCCGAGGAGUGGGGGGGACACCCCGGCGGGACGGGGGGCCAGCUGGGGGGCUACGAGGCCGAGGACGAGGCCGGGGCCGGGGCCGGGGCCGGGGCCGGGGCCGGGGCCGGGCCCGGGCCCGGGGGCGGCUCGCCCCUCCUGGGGGCCUCCAGCGACAGCUCGGGCAGCCUGCGGGAGGAGGAGGAGGAGGAGGAGGAGGAGGAAGGGGAGGCGGAGGACGAGGAGCCCCCUCCGCCCCCGGGCCCCACCGGAGCCCCGGAGGAGGGGCCUAGGCCCACCGACAGGCCCGCCCGCCAGGGAGCUGCCAACCCCCUCGUGGUGGGGGCCGUGGCAUUGUUGGAUCUCAGCUUGGCGUUCCUGUUCUCCCAGCUCCUCUCCUGAGGCCCCUCCCCAGCCUCUGGGCCUGCCACGGCCCACUCCGGCCCUGUGAUCUGCCUUUCUUUCUCUCUCUCCUGUCUGUUUUUCUCUCUCUCCUCUCUCCGCUUCCCUCUGUCUUUCUUUCUCUCUGCCUUUUCCUCUAGCAGUCUUUUCUGCCCUUCCACCUGUCUAAUUCUCUCUCCCCUGUAGCUCUCUGCCUCCCUUCUUUUUGACUUUCUCUCUCAGCCUGUCUCUCCCCCUUUCUCUGUCUAGAUUGUUUACAUAAGAAGGGCUCUUUCUCUCUCUGGGAGCUGUCCGCUCUCUGAGACACACAAAUCUAAGUCAGACCACCCCCAUGCCCUUUUCUGCCUCCCUUUCCUUUGGAUUCAAAUCUCUGUAAGGGGAUGGGGGCUGAGGAGGGAGGAGGUGGGGUGGAUGGAGUGGAUGGAGACUUCACCUUGGACUGGAUGGAGACUUCUCCUACC